GAUAGGAAGGCCCAAGCCUCAUUUCUCCCUCAUUUCUGCCUACAGAGAGACAGACAUGAAUCUGACGGCUGAGGACCACUCAGUUCCUCUUAGUGAUGGGAACCGGAUUCCCCUCUUGGGACUAGGGACUUAUGGAAACCCACAGACGACACCCAAAGACACAGCAUUGAACUGUGUGAAGUAUGCAAUAGAUGUGGGAUACAGGCACUUUGAUGGGGCUCUGGUGUAUUUCAACGAGCACGAAGUAGGCCAAGCCAUUAGAGAGAGAAUUGCAGAUGGAACCGUCAAAAGAGAAGACAUAUUUUACUGUGGAAAGCUUUGGAACACCUUCCACCCUCCAGAGCUGGUCAGGCCUGCCCUUGAAAAGACACUGAAGACCCUGCAGCUUGACUAUGUGGAUUUAUACAUUAUUGAGAUGCCCACUGCAUUCAAGCCUGGUGACACGUUUUAUCCUAAGCAUAAUGAUGGACAGUAUAUUUACCAUAAGACAGACCUCUGUGCAACAUGGGAGGCUUUGGAGGCCUGUAAAGAUGCAGGACUGGUCAAAUCUCUUGGAGUAUCCAACUUCAACAGGAGACAGCUGGAACUCAUUCUGAGAAAGCCUGGCCUCAAACACAGACCUGUGUCCAACCAGGUUGAGUGCCAUCCGUAUUUCACCCAGCCCAAGCUGCUGGAGUACUGCCGUCAGAAUGGCAUCGUGGUCGUAGGCUACAGCCCCCUGGGCACUUCAAGAGACGCCUCGUGGGUGAAUAUUAAGAGUCCUCCUCUGUUGGAGGAUGAGCUCCUGGUGUCCAUAGCGAAGAAGUACAAAAAGAACAGUGCCCAGGUAGCCCUGCGCUUCAACAUCCAGAGAGGAGUGGUGGUCAUCCCAAAAAGCUUCAGCCCUGAUAGGAUCAUGGACAAUUUCCAGAUAUUUGACUUUUCGCUUACCGAGGAUGAAAUGAAAGCAAUUGAAGGACUAAACAGAAACGUCCGUUUUGUGGAGCUUCUAAUGUGGAGUGACCAUCCUGAAUACCCAUUUCAUGAGGAAUAUUAAGCUUGGCAUUAUAAUUCCAUGUAUUCCUGUAGCCUUUACUUACUGAACGAUCAGAUUGUUUGUGUGUGACCAUACUGCUGUGGAAUGCAUAUCUUCAAAUUAAAGCAGCCUGUAUUUGCUUCUUCAAUUUGACAGGUUCUUGAAAAUAUUACUUAAAUAUUGCUUGUGGGCCUGGUUCAAACACAAGCUUAUAAACAAAGUGAUUGGAAGCAAACGCUUUAUAGCCUGAAAACAUAGUUUAAAAUUGUAAUUGUGAAGGUUUUCUUUGUGAAAACAAAUGCUGCCAAAUGCUGCCAUAAUUCUCUGAUUUUUACAAUCCCCCUUUUUUAAAGGCCACCAGAGGGCUCUACUUCACAAUUAUUGAAAAUUAGUACAUACUGUAGACUACAACAUUAAAAACGUGUUUAGUCGUAUUAACAAUAAGAAAAUUACAGUAAUAACAUUCAAAGACUGUAUCCUAUAAAACAUGCAUGUAAGCUACAAAACUAGUAACCCUUAUAUGACAUGGCUGAUCUAAGUGGGUCUGCUGUUAAUUAAUGCACUUCAAGCUGACUUCUGUGUGAGAAGAUCUCUAGUGGAAGUUAGUCUCUUGGCCUCCCAGUAAAUGGCAGUGUACCAAUUCAUGCAGUGCUGUAAGAAUUAUUAAUUUUGACAUCUUCCUGCAUCAUUAUGUUAUGUAAGUCAAUACAAGUAUUAUAUAAAUGCAAAAUAUAUUAAACAUUGAUACACUCCAGAGCUUUAGUACAAUUUCAGUCAGUCAUUUUGGAAGUAGUGCUUAGUAACCACAAUGUGGGCAUCAUCGGGUGUACAAGGUCAUAUAUUUCUGCAAUGACUGUGUGUUAUGUCAGAUUUGGUAGAAAAAAUUAAAUCAAUCAGAAUUAUGUUUA